AUGCCACCUCAAAUCAAGCUGUUCAGCUCAGUCCCAUCUUCUUCAUCUAAAAAUAAGAAAAAUGCAACCGAACCAUUACCUUCAACAUUCUCAAGUGAUCAAGCUGGAAAAGCGGUAGAAGCACUACUGGCUUAUCAUCAGAAGAGUCAAGCUGAGAAAGAAGAAGAAGAAUUGUUACCCAGAGAAGAACAUGUUUGGCUAGUGGUUAACACCAAGAGAGGUACGACGAAGAGAGGUUUGAUGCCUGUUAAGAUUCAACUCCCUCACCCUCCUCUUCCACCCCCACCAACAACAUCCAUCUGUCUCUUAUCCAAAUCACCUCAAAGGGAAUACAAAGAUUUACUAGCCGCGCAAAAUAUCAAAUUCAUCUCGAGAGUAGUAGGUGUAGAGAAAUUAAAAGGGAAAUUCAAGCCUUUUGAACCAAGAAGAGAAUUAAUGAGAGAUCAUGAAAUUUUCUUGUGUGAUGAAAGAGUCUUGACUAUCAUGCCUCAAUUAUUAGGUAAAAUGUUCUUCGAUGCCAAGAAACAACCUAUACCAGUCAACAUGAAUCGAAAAGAUUUAAAAGCUGAACUUGGUCGAGCGAUCUCUUCCACUUACUUCCAUCCUUCAACCGGUACUUCCUAUUCAAUCAGAAUAGCGACUCCAUCUUCGUCUUCUUCUUCUCAAACACUCUCAAAUUUAUUAGCCGCUAUCCCAAGCGUCGUUUCCAAUGUUCCGGAAGGAUGGGAAAAUAUCCUUUCAAUAGGAAUCAAAACUUCUUCUUCCGUUUUAUUGCCUAUUUGGUCAUCGAAACUCUCAGGUAGAUUCGAAAAUACCUCAUCCAACUCCGACUCCAACUUCAACUCCAAGAAGUCGUCUACGAAAGGCGAUAUCGAAAUGGAUGAACAAGAACAAGAACAACCUGCUCAUGAAGAAAAGGAAAUUCAAGUGCCUAUUAAGAAAAUCAAAAGUUCAAGUGCAAACGCAGCUAAUACAAAGAUCAAAUCUAAAUCAUCAGAAGAACCCCUUGUACAGAAGAAGAAAUCUUCAACUAUAGGUUCAGGAAGUGUAGCUAAACGUGCCAAAAUUGAUGCUGUAGGGACCAUCAAACAAAAAUCAAGAUCUGUAAAGACUAAAUAG